CUCGGAAAAAGCAGCAUAUAAAGGAGGCGCCUGCUGCCCAGAGCAGUGGGAAGCGUCCACCACGGUGCUCUGCGGCCCGGGGUCUCCACUGGGGAAACUGCGUCCUUCCGGUCCUGCUCGGAAACCCUGAGGUCAGUCAGCACCCCGGCGGGACAGCACACCAGGAGCUGCAGCAGGACGCAGGAUGCUCUGGGGGAUGGCCCUGCUGGCCCUGUGGGCGUGGCCCAGCGCGCUCGCUGGUGACCCAGACGAGGAGGACACCUCCUUCGACCUCUUCAGCGUCAGCAACAUCAACCGGAAGACGAUCGGUGCCAAGCAGUUCCGCGGGCCUGACCCCGGGGUGCCCGCGUACCGGUUUGUCCGCUUCGACUACAUCCCCCCGGUGAACAGCGAGGACCUGAGCAGGAUCCUCAGGACCAUGCGGCACAAGGAGGGCUUCUUCCUCACGGCCCAGCUGAAACAGGACCGCAAGUCCCGCGGCACGCUGCUGGCCCUGGAGGGCCCCGGCGCCUCGCAGCGGCAAUUCGAGAUCGUCUCCAACGGCCCGGCGGACACCCUGGACCUCACCUACUGGACCGAGGGUACCCCGCACCCUGUCUCCCUGGAGGACGUGGGCCUGGCCGACUCGCAGUGGAAGAACAUCACCGUGCAGGUGGCUGGCGAGACCUACAGCCUGUAUGUGGGCUGCGACCUCAUCGACAGCUUCAGCCUCGAUGAGCCCUUCUACGAGCAGCUGAGCGCCGAGAGAAGCCGGAUGUACGUGGCCAAAGGCGCCACCCGYGAGAGCCACUUCAGGGGUCUGCUGCAAAACAUGCACCUGAUGUUCGAGAACUCCGUGGAGGACCUCCUGAGCCGGAAGGGCUGCCCAGGAGCCCAGGGAGCUGAGAUCAACGCCAUCAGCGAGCACACGGAGACRCUGCACCUGGGCCCUCACACCACCACGGAGUUCGUGGGCCAGGGAGUGGCGAAGAGGCCGGAGGUGUGCGAGCACUCCUGCGAGGAGCUGGGCCACAUGAUCAACGAGCUCUCGGGGCUGCACGUCCUGGUGAACCAGCUCAGYGAGAACCUGAGGAGAGUGUCAAAUGAUAACCAGUUCCUGCUCGAGCUCCUUGGUGGCCCUCCUAAGACGAGGAACAUGACGGCCUGCUGGCAGGAUGGCCGGUUCUUUGCAGAAAACGAAACCUGGGUGGUGGACAGCUGCACRUCCUGCACCUGCAAGAAGUUCAAGGUCGUCUGCCACCAAAUCUCCUGCCCGCCUGCCACCUGYGCCAGCCCAGCUUUUGCCGAGGACGAGUGCUGUCCUUCCUGCUCCCACUCAAUGGACAGCGAGGAGGGCUGGUCCCCAUGGGCAGAGUGGACCGAGUGUUCUGUCACCUGUGGCUCUGGGACCCAGCAGCGAGGCCGGUCGUGCGAUGUCACCAGCAACACCUGCCUAGGCCCUUCCAUCCAGACGCGGGCUUGCAGCCUGGGCAAGUGUGACACCCGCAUCCGACAGAACGGCGGCUGGAGCCACUGGUCACCCUGGUCUUCAUGCUCUGUCACCUGUGGGGUCGGCAACAUCACACGCAUCCGCCUGUGCAACUCCCCAGUCCCCCAGAUGGGCGGCAAGAACUGCAAAGGCAGUGGCCGGGAGACCAAAGCCUGCCAGCGUGACCCCUGCCCAAUCGACGGCCGCUGGAGCCCCUGGUCCCCAUGGUCGGCCUGCACGGUCACUUGUGCAGGAGGGAUCCGCGAGCGCUCGCGGGUCUGCAACAGCCCUGAGCCCCAAUACGGAGGGAAGGACUGCGUGGGG